CUCAACCUCUUUCCCUCUAUAAAUAAAUCACCAUUUUCCCUAAUUUCACCUAUCAAAGUUCAUUUCUCUCAAAGUCUCAUCGAUCGAAAAGCUUUCGAUUUUCAAAUCUCUUUCUCAGAAGAUGCAGAUCUUUGUGAAAACCCUUACUGGCAAGACCAUCACCCUCGAGGUGGAAAGCUCUGACACUAUUGAUAAUGUCAAAGCUAAGAUUCAAGACAAGGAAGGGAUCCCACCAGACCAACAGAGGCUUAUCUUUGCUGGUAAACAGCUAGAGGAUGGCCGCACCCUUGCUGAUUACAAUAUCCAGAAGGAGUCCACCCUCCACCUUGUUCUUCGACUUAGGGGUGGCAUGCAGAUAUUUGUGAAAACUCUCACUGGGAAAACCAUCACUUUGGAGGUGGAGAGUUCGGAUACCAUCGAUAAUGUGAAGGCCAAGAUUCAGGACAAGGAGGGUAUCCCACCAGACCAGCAGAGGUUAAUUUUUGCUGGAAAACAGCUUGAAGAUGGCAGAACCCUUGCAGACUAUAACAUUCAGAAGGAGUCAACCCUCCAUUUGGUGUUGCGACUCCGUGGUGGCAUGCAAAUUUUUGUGAAGACUCUCACUGGAAAGACUAUUACCUUGGAAGUUGAGAGUUCUGAUACCAUUGACAAUGUAAAAGCUAAGAUCCAGGACAAGGAAGGUAUCCCUCCAGAUCAACAGAGGCUGAUAUUUGCCGGCAAACAGUUGGAGGAUGGGAGGACGCUUGCAGAUUACAAUAUCCAAAAGGAGUCAACCCUCCACUUGGUGCUGCGUCUGCGUGGUGGAAUGCAGAUUUUUGUGAAAACCUUGACUGGUAAAACCAUCACUUUGGAGGUGGAGAGCUCUGACACAAUUGACAACGUUAAAGCCAAGAUCCAAGAUAAGGAGGGUAUCCCACCUGACCAACAGAGGUUGAUUUUUGCUGGAAAGCAGCUUGAGGAUGGGAGGACACUUGCAGACUAUAACAUCCAAAAGGAGUCAACCCUGCAUUUGGUUUUGCGCCUGAGAGGAGGGAUGCAGAUAUUUGUGAAGACCUUGACUGGGAAAACCAUCACCCUGGAGGUUGAGAGCUCAGACACGAUUGACAAUGUGAAAGCAAAGAUUCAGGACAAGGAGGGGAUUCCUCCAGACCAGCAGAGGUUGAUCUUUGCUGGCAAGCAGUUGGAGGAUGGUCGCACUCUGGCUGACUACAAUAUCCAGAAGGAGUCCACCCUUCAUCUUGUCCUUCGCCUCCGUGGUGGUUUCUAAGUUGUACUUGUGUUCUAAUUUUGCCAAUCUGUGGCAAAAGGCUCGAAUAGUUUCAAAACUCCUUUUAAAAUACUGUUCUGGUUUAAUGGUUUUGAUGCUGUGUGGUGCUGAAAUGGUUGGAAACAUUUCAGCUAAUAUUAAAUAAAGUUCUAUCCCGUUCAAAAAUUGUUAUCUUCUA